AUGGAUACCGCCGCAUCGGCUGGCGCAGAGUCUGGGAAGGUUAUCAGACUCGCAUUCCACAAUGGACCUCCCUUCAGAUUCACCAUAAAUCAGAACUACUCGAUUUGUUCCUGGGUGAAAGUUGGUCUGAUUAUGAACUCUCAGAAUUGACCCUAUUGACUGCGCCAGGCCACUUCUUCCCAAAGAAGUACAUUACAGAAUUCUCCGUGGUACCCAGAAUUGUCAAAUACCACACGCUUAACAAACCCCAGUUCCGUACCCUCCAAUUUUGCAGAGCCUGUGUCAGGGCUAAGGACAGAUACAACAUGCCCAGCCUUCAAUGGCCAUCAGCUGGCACUGUUCAUGACGAUGAGUCACCAGUGAAUUUCGUUGCCUGCUCUCUCAUGACUGUCGAGGACAACUGCCUCCUUUACCCCAUCAACCUACGUGACUUGUACAUUCAUAUAAGUCCCCCUGGAACGAGCUCAUCUACAAGUGUGACGAAUUCUUCUGCCCCCCUUGAGUCCUCUGUAAGUAGAAGGCAAACAGCAGCAAGGGGUAAUGUGGAAGCCCUAAUUCAGCGUCGAUGCUCCGAAAUCCGUCGUCUAUGCAUUCGCUUGUGCAAGCCUGGAAAUGAUGCGCGUAAAGGGAACUACGCCCAGGAAAUGCCGUCUCUCGCGAGAGAUUGUUUCCCCCCAAUCAUUGAGAAGUGUGGUCCAAAUCUCCAAUCUCUGGAAGUGUCCGCUGAGCUCAUUACGGCCUGUUGCUCCGAUGUGCUAACAACAAGACGGCUUCUCCGACUGCAGGACAAGUGCUUAAAUGUUCGAAAGGCUACUGUGAUUGCCGGUGGUGACCUGGUCGAGCGACAACUCCGUCCAUCCGCGAAGAAUAUUUCCACCUACUUGAGUCUCUUUCCGGCGCUGCAGGAAGUGCGUAUUGUUGCCGUAGACAUCUUCACUGAACAGAUUAUUCCAGAGAUCCUGACUACCUGUGGUCAUCUUCGGCGUCUCUACAUAUACUCCCUGAGGAAUCUUACCUUUGACUUUGCUUCGCUUCCGUCGCAUAAUGCCCUCGAGCUACUCUUCAUCGACUUAAGUAGAUUUUGUGUGAAGGAUCGUUUUGAAAUACUUUUGAAGGAAACACUUUCGAGACUUCGCUCGCUCAGAUACAUCCUGUUUAGGGUUGAUCGUGGAAGAUAUCCGUUCGAGAAGACCUUGAGAGCCUUCUUCACCGACAGGCCUGAAUUGCGGUGGUUGGUUGUAGUUUUCAAAAGACACCACACCACACUCUUAUGUCAGGCCAACGGGAGCUCUGCUGCAGAUCCAGAAAUUGUUGAAUACCCCAGUUCCACCUUGGGCCAUCUUAUUCUUGACUACCCAGAACUUUACGACAUAUUUUGGAGUGAAUUACAGCGAAUUCAUAAGCGCUUCCUAUACAAGCCCUAG